AUGACUUUGGAGGAGUAUGAGAAAUUAAAGGAGGAGAAAAGAGAAGCUUUACUUGCAAUGCAGAGUGAAGAGAGAAAAGUUGAAUUUGAUGAGUUGCAGUCGAUGAAGCAAUUGUCGGUCAAGAAAGAAAAUGGAGUUUCCAUUAAAUUGGGUACUGGUAAGGCCAGAGGAAAGAAGAAAGAAAACAUUGAUGGGGAAGAGAAGGGCAAAAAGGAAAUACAGUGGCCACUUGCCGACUUGCCGAUGAGCAUCACUGAGUUCUUUAACCCGACUAAUGGUGGUGGUAGAUACAACACUCCGGGAGGCCGUGGGCGUGGACGACUGAGAGGUGGUAGAGGGCAACAAUUUGGAGGUAAUUUUGAUGAUGGAUCUUCAAGCCCUACAGCUGCUCCCGCCAUUGAGGAUCCUGGAGAAUUCCCCACCCUCAGUGGGAAGUGAGAGCAAAGUAUAUUUAGCUUGAAACCAAACAGAAUCUCAACAAAGUAUGAUUGUCUGUUACACCUGAUCAAAAGUGGAAUCUUGUCGAAACAUUUAGCUGGGAUUCAACCCAUGAACUCCCCAUCAGGCUCAUCACAUGUCCGUU